AUGGGAGCGAAUGUUGCCCGAUGUGGUUUGGGUGGACCCAUAGAAUAUGUCGUUGAUGCUACACUUGGCUACUACAAAGGUGAAACUCCUGAUUUGGGUAGGUGUAUGACUGGUGAAUUCCCUCAUAAUCACUCAACCGUUGGUAUUCAUUACAAGAUAUAUCCGACAAAGGCGGAAUGGUCNGAUGAGAAUAAACUCAAACAGUGGUUGUAUGACCGUUAUGAAGAAAAGGAUGAUCUGUUAGAAUAUUAUUACACGAAAGGUACAUUCCCAGUAAGUGCAAAAUCACUUCCGAGGCCCGUUCAGUUUCCAUUCAGUCGUUGCGUUGUCGUCGAGAUGUUCUGGAUCGUGCUCUUUUAUGCGCAUUAUUACGCAUGGAUAAAACCGUCAUUUCUCUUCCUUAUGCAGUCGAUUUCCUCAUUUUUCAUCUGA